ACGCCGACCGGAACGUCUACCCGUCUGCAGGCGUACUGUUUGUCCACGUCCUGGAGAGAGAGCACUUCAAAGGAGAGUUCCCCCCCUAUCCCAAACCUGGUCUGUGUCUGUGUUCCUCAUUGGAUCUCUCAAUACAAUAAUAACCAGAUUACUAAUUGUACUAUUACUUCUAUGAGGCUACCUAUUUAUUAUUAAUACUAAUGAUAAAUACUCAUCUAUUCAGUAAUAAAAUAUAUUUAGCUAAGUGACAGUACAGCAAAUACAGAGACCGUAUCAAUGUCACCAUAAACGUCAGUGUCUGAGUAGCAUUUACAUCUCUCAGUCUCAAAUCCCACUCUCAGGGCCUAGUUGACUACUAGGCUAAGCGUUUAUUGUACAUGUACCAACGUCUGUCCGUACAGGGGAUUCCAGCAACGACCCCAUCACCUUCAACACCAACCUGAUGGGCUACCCAGACCGGCCAGGCUGGCUGCGCUACAUCCAGAGGACCCCACACAGCGAUGGGGUGCUCUAUGGAUCCCCCACUGCAGAACACGUGGGCAAGGCAACCAUCAUAGAGGUGUGUGGCUCCAUUUGCUGCUAAUGGAGUUAGAGUUGUUUGUCUGCAGUCAUGAACAGUGGAGCUUUCUCUCUCUCUGACACACACACACACACAUACUAAACUACAGUACAUUAGUAGUUAUAAAUCCAAUUAAUCAAUCAAUCAAUUAAUCAAUUAUCAUUUUUACAUUUUUUACAUUUUAGUCAUUUAGCAGACGCUCUUAUCCAGAGCGACUUACAGUUAGUGAAUACAUAUUUUUUUUAUACUGGUCCCCCGUGGGAAUCGAACCCACAACCCUGGCGUUGCAAACGCCAUGCUCUAUCAACUGAGCUACAUCCCUACAUUCAAUUAUAGCAUUGAAAUGUUUUGAACAUUGAAAUGUUCAGCCUUGGGGAAUGUAAAAUCAUGUGCAUUCACCUGGUCGCAGUUAUGUUUGCCAGCCAGGGUCCUGUCAGUCAGAUAUGUGGGCACAACCUGGAACAAUCAUAGUAGUGGUUAUGGGUAUAUUUUACAGUAUAUGGUCCAGCAAUAGAGCCCCACGAUAAGGGCUGUGUUUCGUGUAGGCUUACCUUGGCAUGACGUUUUGAUAACCAUGUAAAUCUCUCUCGGACAAGGUGACUUUUAUCAAUAUAUUCGGCUCUAUUUACUCUUGCACGUCAUCUCUAGCUGACACCUUUGGUAACAGGUAUUGUCAAUUUAAAACAUGCACAAGACAGUUCACAGAAUUGUCCAUUUAAAGACAUUUGCCAAUUUAUCUAUUACUACAUUUAGCUAACAUUAGAUAGUUCAUCCAGAGAUUCUUACCUUUGCCUCGAUUCGGCAGUCUCGUCCAGAUCAUCAUGGCAUUUGUAGUUCUUUAUGAUAGCCACAUUAGCAGCUAAUUAGCAUUUCAUUUUGGGGGGGGGUAAAUACAGGCGAAUAUAUUGAUAAAGGUCACCUUGUCCUAGAGAGAUUUACAUGAAAAUGUCACGCCAGGGUAAGCCUACACGAAACACAGCCCUUAUUUUAAGUGUUUCUAAAAUCCCCUAUGGGAAAAAUGAAUGAUGGAAAAAACGAUUGGAACCAUUUCCCUGUUUGACCACUAGGUUUUAUGGGUAUUAUGACUCAUACUGAGGUACUCUAUGUUCACAGGUAGAUUAAUAUGUUUUUGCACAUAUGUAAUAGCUGUCACAUGGUGCGUUGUGAUAAGCCUUUUUCUAGGGUUAUAGACCUGUGUCCAUUAUGUGUCUAAACUACUGUAGCAUGUUCCCAAAGGCUUUAGGUUCCCUGUAGGAAUGUUCCUGGAGGAUGCGGUGCCCCUCUUCCCUCUUCCCUCUGAGCCUUCUACUAUGGAAUAUGUUUGCAUCUGGCUCGGACCUCGCCGGCGAGCCUCACCCUAGGACAUAAACUGUAGUGAUCUGGGAUUACAUUUUUACCCUUAUGUGUUCCAGAUUACUGCCUAUAACAGACGCACUUUCGAAACGGCCCGGCACAACUUGGUCAUAAACAUCAUGUCCACGGAAGGUAAGAAAGAGAGUGAGAGAGACAAAGGACAGGCUUAGUGAGGAAAUGAUGAAGGAGGAUGUUCUUAAUUGAAAUCUAGAGGGUUGCUUCCGAUGUUGACUAAAAUGCCCAAAAGCUAAUUUUUCAAUUUCCUUCAAGAAUGGCUGAAUAUCAUUCACAUAAUAUAUAUUAAUAUAUUAUCCAUAAUUCAUCAACCUAAAAGGCUAACACCACACACUCAACCAGACCGGCAAUUUUUUAAUCAAGUGUCAACACAGUCCAAUACGGGACUCACAGCUGUGCAAAUCAACCAACACACUUCUGAAAGCGCUAUCUGAAAAUCCACUGUCUGCAAUUGACUGAAAACUGGCCUAGUACUCUAAACAAGUAGUUAGAUUGUAACAGUACAUUUCUUCUGUGACUUGCAAUAAAGUCAUACACAGUACCACAAUAACCAAUGCCUCCCUCGGUGUUCCUAUAGGGAGCAAAUGAUUGUGUAAAAUGGACAGAUUAAAACAGUAUUGUAAAUGCUCUUCAUGUUGAGGCCUACAGCUACAGUACAGAUGUAGGAUCUUAAUUUGAGCCAGUUUGCCACAGCAGGAAAAUAGUCCUGCAGCAACAAGACAUUUGAAUUAUUAUGUAGAUUAUAAUUUAUUGGCAUUUUGGUAGGGCUGAUACAGGGAAAAUCAAGUCUGAAAUUUCAAAUUGGAAAUUACAAACUUCAGAUGCCUUUUUAAACCUCAUAUACAUUACAAGUUCUAAAAUGUCCUGCAUUGCAGGAAAGUUCUCCUGCAACAGGGUGAUCAAAUUAAGAUCCUACAUCUGUAUACAUCUCAUUGUACUGUAUGUCUGUACAGAGUCUCACUCUACAUGUGAUACAAUAACCAUGGUGCCGGGUGAAAAGCUGCCCAGCUGUUUCUGGCCCACAAGUACGGUGUGACCUCACUCACACUGCGCAGUGACGUCAUCAGCCAUCUGCCCUGAGCCGAGCCGCUGUCAUAACAGACACAAAACAGAGCAGACAAACAUUGGCCUCUGUCGAACAGCUUGUCUGAUAUUAUGGGGCCAUUUAAAUUGUCCAUUACCAUAUGGGGUGUCAAGUUAGAGAUUAUGUUACAGCUCGUCUGAUAUCACGGCCAUUAAAUGUCAUUACAUAUGGGUGUCAGUGAGAGAUGUACUGUACAUGUACACUUUGUUCACAGAAUGAUAUUGGGCCUAUUAAACUGAACAGAUAAAGAGUAAAUACUAUCACUCACGAGCUAGAUGAGGAUACGAGCGAGUAGAUGGCUAGAGCGAGAUAGAAGAUCUAUAUCUUUCGCUCUUCUCUCUCUCGUCUAUCCUCGCUUCGCUCUCUCGCGCUAUAUCUCUCUCUCUCUAUCUCUCUCAUCUCUCUCAUCUCUCUCUCUCUCUCUCACACUCAUAUCCCUCCUCCCUCCUCAGAGGACCACUUCACGCUAACCAGGCCGGUUCUUCAUAAAGAACAUGAAUGGUGUGAGUGAUGAUGGUGGCACCAGCGAGGUUCUGGGAGACUUCCUGGGCGCAGUGAAGAACGUGUGGCAGCCCGAACGCCUCAACGCCAUCAACAUAACCUCAGCGCUGGACAGGGGCGGACGCGUUCCCCUGCCCAUAAACAACCUCAAAGAGGGGUGAGUGCGUAGAAAAAGAAUCAGAAACACAUCUCUCUAUGGGUGAGUGACCCUCUUUAGUGCAGUUCAAUACAUGGUUUAACAGAGUAUGAGGAAGAUUUUACAUAUCAACAUCACCUCGGCCCUGGACAGGGGCGGACGCGUUCCCCUGCCCAUCAACAAACUCAUUGGGGUGAGGAACAGGGUCACCAUCAGUAGCCCUUACAGGACCAGAGUAGUUUGAUACAUAGUUUGGUAGAGGAUGACGAAUUCAAGUAUCUUCAAUUGAUAGAGGAUGAUGAAUUCAAGUAUCGUCAGUUGAUAGAGGAUGAUGAAUUCAAGUAUCUUCAGUUGAUAGAGAAUGAUGAAUUCAAGUAUCUUCAGUUGAUAGAGAAUGAUGAAUUCAAGUAUCUUCAGAUGAUAGAUGAUGAUGAAUUCAAGUAUCUUUAGCACUUCCAGGAACAGGACAGAGUAUGAUGAUGAAUUUAAAUAUUGCAUAUGAGGGAAAGGAUAGAUACAGACAUAAAAGCAUAUUUUUUUUAACCUAAUUAGCAUCCUCAGAAGUACUAUAGCAGCUUUAUAAUGCCUUGUCUACAGUCAUCAUCAAAGUAUUGUAUUCUUAAAUAAGCAUGUUCACAAAAUGUUAUUGCAUCAGUUGCAACAUAAACAUGAACUUAAAGGUGCUUAUGCAAUGCAUGAGUAACCUUACAGUAACCUUACCACUGUAAGAGAGAGAGAGAGAGAGAGAGAGAGAGAGAGAGAGAUCCAGAUCAACACACUGUAUUAGACAUUAAAGCCUCAGACAAACACUACAGGCAGUUUGUAGCAGUCAGGGAGAAUGAAUCCCCACAUGAUUUGCCAUAAGUUGUUCAUAAAACAUGCAUGGCCCCGUUUGUGAAGAUAAAAGAUUCUAGAGGAGAGCUCCAUAGAAAGACACAGCCAGCAGGACUAAGAUACCCUGACAGAACAGUACCAGGAACCUCACCAUACUGACUGAGACAGGAGGAGGAAAACACUAUGUGGUUCACAUUGGAAGUCAGUCUGAGUGGGAUUGUGAAAGUGUGUGUGUCAGUGGUUGGUAAGAUAUUACUGUGUAACCUAGCUGUUAAAUCUUACUCUCCUCUCCUUUACCUCAAAUGUGCUUGCAUGUUUGUGUGUAGAUUAGUCAGGUGAUAUACCACUAACAGUCUCUCGGUCAUUAUAUCUGUAUUAUCAGAUAUACCACUAACUGUCUCUCGGUCAUUAUAUCUGUAUUAUCAGAUAUACCACUAACAGUCUCUCUGUCAUUAUAUCUGUAUUAUCAGAUAUACCACUAAAUGUCUCUCGGUCAUUAUAUCUGUAUUAUCAGAUAUACCACUAACUGUCUCUCGGUCAUUAUAUCUGUAUUAACAGAUAUACCACUAACAGUCUCUCUGUCAUUAUAUCUGUAUUAUCAGAUAUACCACUAACUGUCUCUCGGUCAUUAUAUCUGUAUUAUCAGAUAUACCACUAACAGUCUCUCUGUCAUUAUAUCUGUAUUAUCAGAUAUACCACUAACUGUCUCUCGGUCAUUAUAUCUGUAUUAUCAGAUAUACCACUAACUGUCUCUCGGUCAUUAUAUCUGUAUUAUCAGAUAUACCACUAACUGUCUCUCUGUCAUUAUAUCUGUAUUAUCAGAUAUACCACUAACUGUCUCUCUGUCAUUAUAUCUGUAUUAUCAGAUAUACCACUAACUGUCUCUCUGUCAUUAUAUCUGUAUUAUCAGAUAUACCACUAACAGUCUCUCUGUCAUUAUACCGUACCUGUAUACCACAGGAGGCUGCUGAGGGGAGGACGGCUCAUAAUAAUGGCUGGCAUGGAGUAAAGGGAAUGGAAUCAACCACAUGGAAACCAUGUUGUUGAUGUAUUUGAUCCUAUUCCAUUAAUUCCAUUCCAGCCAUUACAAUGAGCCUGUCCUCCCCAAUUAAGGGGCCACCAGCCACCUGUAUUAUAAGCCACUGUCUAACUCCCUCCCUCUCCAGUGUGUAUGUGAUGGUGGGGGCAGACGUCCAGUUCUCUUCCUGCCUGCGGGAGGUGGAGAACCCCCACAACCAGCUCCGCUGCAGCCAGGAGAUGGAGCCUGUCAUCAGCUGUGACAAGAAGUUCAGGGCCCAGUUCGACAUUGACUGGUGCAAGAUCAACCUGGUGAGGACUGUACAGGACCCUGGAGCCAUGGCGUGACCUCUUGACCUGUUCUCUGACCAUAUCAAACAAAAAUUAUAGUGUGUAUGUGUUUGUGUGUGUUAUGUCAUAUACCCGCACACACACACACACACACACAGCCAAUCCACAAUCUUCUGAAGAAAAUGUAUAUUUUUUGUAUAUUUGAGCAUGUAUACUGAACAAAAAUAUAAACGCAACAUGCAACAAUUUCAAAGAUUCCACUGAGUUACAGUUCAUAUAAGGAAAUCAGUCACUUUAAAUAAAUACAUUAGUCCCAAUCAAUGGAUUUCACAGGACUGGGAAUACAGAUAUGCAUCUAUUGGUCACAGAUACAUUUAAAGAAAAAAGGUAGGGGUGUGGAUCAGAAAAACAGUCAGUAUCUGGUGUGACCACUAUUUGCCAUAUGCAGCGCGACACAUCUCCUUCGCAUAGAGUUGAUCAGGCUGUUGAUUGUGGAAUGUUGUCCCACCCCUCUUCAAUUGCUGUGCAAAAUUGCUGGAUAUUGGUGGGAACUGGAACAUGCUGUCGUACACGUCGAUCCAGAGCAUCCCAAACAUGCUCAAUGGGUGACAUGUCUGGUGAGUAUGCAGGCCAUGGAAGAACUGGGACAUUUUCAGCUUCCAGGAAUUGUGUACAGAUCCUUGUGACAUCGGGCCGUGCAUUAUCAUGCUGUAACAUGAGGUGAUGUGUCAGAGCGGGCGUAGGUGUGGUGUAGGAAUCAGAUGCAGGACACAGAUGCUAGUCCAAAAAUACUUUAGUAAAGUCCACAAAAGAACGGCUACACACAAAGCCGGAGGCACGAGAAAAAUAAGGCACACAGCGUAUUAAUGCAAAACACAGCAAACACGCACAACAAGUGCGGACUCUCUAUCAAAUACAAAAUAGAGCAUUAACUGACUGGAAGCACCAGCUGACAAGGAACAACUACACACAACCACAAGACAGAAACAACGAGAACUUAAAGGACACAUAAUCAAGACAAAAUGAGAAACAGGUGUACCAAAACAGACCAAACCAAACAAACACAGAAACAACGAACGGUGGCAGCUAGUACUCCGGAGACGACGACCGCCGAAGCCUGCCCGAACAAGGAGAAGGAGCAGCCUCGGCCGAAACCGUGACAUGAUGGCGGCAGAUGAAUGGCACGACAAUGGGCCUCAGGAUCUCGUCACUGUAUCUUUGUGCAUUCAAAUUGCCAUUGAUAAAAUGCAAUUGUGUUCAUUGUCUGUAGCUUAUGCCUGCCCAUACCAUAACCACACCGCCACCAUGGGGCAUUGUUCACAACGUUGACAUCAGCAAACCGCUCACCCACACGACGCCAUACACGUGGUCUGCGGUUGUGAGGCCGGUUGGACGUACUGACAAAUUCUCUAAAAUGACUUUGGAGGCGGCUUAUGGUAGAGAAAUGAACAUUCAAUUAUCUGGCAACAGCUCUGGUGGACAUUCCUGCAGUCAGCAUGCCAAUUGCGCACUCCCUCAAAACUUGAGACAUCUGUGGCAUUGUAUUGUGUGACAAAAUUGCAUAUUUUAGAGUGGCCUUUUAUUGUUCCCAGCACAAGGUGCACCUGUGUAAUGAUCAUGCUGUUUAAUCAGCUUCUUGAUAUGCCACACCUGUCAGGUGGAUUGAUUAUCUUGGCAAAUGAGAAAUGCUAACUAACAGGGAUGUAAACACAUUUGUGGACAACUUUUGAGAGAAACAAGCUUUUUGUGCGUAUGGAACAUUUUUGGGAUCUUUUAUUUCAGCUCAUGAAACAUGGGACCAACACUUUGUUGUGUUUAUAUUUGUAUUCAGUGUAUUUGCCCAGCCACCCUGCUAAUAUCACCAAUCCAUAUCUUUUAGUGUUCCAAAUUCUGGUAACUUUCCCAAAUUCUCAAUGUUAUCCAGAAAUCAUGUUGGAAGAUUACUGGAAUCAGGUGGGAAUAACCAGGAAAUCUGUGAAUCCUCCAACCGGGAUUUCUGGAAAAACUCAGAAUUUUGGGUAAAUUAACGGAAUUUUGCCACCCUAAUAUCUAAAGUAGAUGAAGUGCUGAUUGAACCUCUCUCUUCUCCAGGUGGACAUCACCAAGGUGGUCAUGAUCCACAGUAACCGUCCAGACCCAGGGACGGGGGUUCUGCCUGACAUCGGGGAGUACAACCCCCCAUCAGAGUCUCUGAAGAGCAGGGACUUCUUUGCCGACUUCCUCAUCACGUUGGCGGUGCCCUCGGCCGUGGCCAUGGUCCUCUUCACCAUCCUGGGUUACUCCAUGUGCUGCCGGCGAGAAGGGGUGUAAGUGUGCUGCUUUCACUUCUGACCAAAAGAGACACACACAGACUAAAACACACACUAACACAAACGCAGACACAACACACACACACACAAACACUAAACACACAUGUAGGCGUACACUAUUAAAGAGAUGGACACAAAAGCAUAGUGUUGUUUUGAUGUGAGUUGAGGAGAUACAUGUGUACAGUUGGACUUUUCUUUCGAAUUGUCAUGUAGGGGUUCUUAGAUCCUGAGGGAUUGACUGAUUAGUCUGAGUGCAGUGACACAGGCCCUCAGUGGGAGUUAAGGGAUGUUUCGUUAUGCUACUUAGCCACUAUAGAUGGAAGUCAAGAGGUUAAAUAUUGUGGAAACGCAGCUUGUCAAUAACCAUCCAGUUUUAUGGUCCAUGUAUGUUCUCCAUACGUUCCACUGUUCUGUCUCAGGUUGAUUUCUCAUACUCAUUUUGAUGGUUAUUAGCACAAUCAUCAUGACAUAGAUGGCCAACCAACCAUUGUAUUGCUCCUCCAACCCCCCACCCUCAUUUACAGGCUGGGAGAGACUGUCCCCUCCAACCACCCACCACUUAGCGUGUCCAUGCAGUACUGUUUGUUCCUUCGCCCCCACCAUCCAUCCAUCCAGCCAAUGCCACAUGCUCUCCAUUUGCUUCUGUGUGAAUGUCUUUUAACUAUUAAUAUUAGUAUUUAAUUCAUUAAUUUUGUUUUGUUUCUAGGGAUAAAAGAAACAUGCAAACACCAGAGUAAGUGUUUAUCCUCUCCUGUGUUUUUCUUUUCUUUUGAGUUUGAUUUGUUUUGGUUCCUCCUUGAACCCCCAAUCCUUCAGUUGAUUUGCCCUUUCACCUUUUGCUUUCAAAUCGCCAUGGUGACAUGUUCAUGUCCAUCCAUACUGUCAUCUGUGUGUUUACAUCCCGUCAUCCAAUUAGCUGCUCAAAGCUGCAGGGGCAUGUUAAGAAAGGAAGUUGAUCCUAACCACAGAUCCAGGGUAAAAUAUUGGUUCACCACCUCUAAUGAUUGAGGAUAGAAGGUAUAGUUCUGUAACUGAAGCAGGGAAAUCUCAGACCAGGUUUGUUUAGAGAGGGGGGGGGGGGGGGGGGGGGGAGAAAGAGAGAGAGAGAGAGAGAAAGAUAAUGAGAAUGAAAGCAUGAGAGGGAGGGGGAGAAAUACUCUCAAAUAACCUCCACUAGACUCAGCAGAUGGCAGAUGACCAAUAGUAACGACACAACACAGUUUCCUCCUACCAAGGAGAAACACACCAAAUGCUGUCAAAAGAUUUGCUAUGUUAAUAUGUCUUCCUUAAUGCAGGUGUGUACAGUACACCACAGUGUGCGUGUUGACUGAGAUGAUAAGAGCUCAGAUGGUCCAUUUAUGGGCUAUAUUUCUAUCCGUCUCUCCUCUCCUCAGUAUCCAGUUAGUUCACCACAGCUCCAUCCAGAAGUCCACCAAGGAGCUGCGGAGCAUGUCUAAGAACAGGGAGAUCUCCUGGCCCCUCUCCACCCUGCCUGUCUUCAGCCAAAGUGGGGAAGUGGUACCCCCGAUACACCCAGACAACUACGAGACAACCAGCAUGCCCCUGAUGCAGACACAGACGUGA